AUGAAGUUUGGUGCUUACGAAUCAUCUACGGUACUUGCACCAACAUCAACAAUGUCUUCACAAUUUCAAUUAGAACCAUCUUCUGUUAUUAAAACAGCACCACCAGGUUCAAGGCACCUUGAUUUGAUGUCUGGUAAGGGUGAUGGAUUUGAAUUAACACAAUUAUCUAAUCAAAAUCUUUCUGAUCUAUCAAAAAUGCAACCUAUUGAACAUUAUUAUCAAAUGCCAAAUUAUUCUCGUGUAUAUACUGAUUAUGCUAUUGCUGGUCUUGCCACUGGUCAACAACAAAAUACUGUUCUCCAAGGGUCAAAUCCAAAUCAAGGCCAUAAUACUAUUUAUUAUCCAGCAGCAGUCUUUCCAUCAAAUGCUGCAGCAGUUGUUAGUGGAGGACUUGGUGGUGGUCAACAGGACUGGCAAAGAGUUACAGGUCCAACUAUGGUUGAUCAAUAUACAACAAAUGUUGUCUAUCCAAGAACAUCAACAAUACAAUAUCACCAUCAAACUCAGGAUCUCAAUCAACAAGAUCGUAUUUUUAAACAAGAAUUACCAUCACCUGUUGAUUCUGGUAUUGGUACAGAUUUAUCAUUAUUAUGUCCAAAAGAUGAUUUUUAUAUAACAUCACAACCACAAAUUCAACAUGUAAUACAACAAACAAAUGUACAAACAUCAGAUUGCCAUCAACAAAAUGGUGUUGAUAGAACCUCAGAUCGUUUAAUGUCACAUCGUGAAAGUCCUGUUAAUAUUCCUAAAUUACAUAAUACAUUAGGAUUUCAAUAUGUUUUAGAGGCACCCAUUAGUACUUCAAUAAGAAAAGAGGACGAUAGAAUGACUUAUGUUAAUAAGGGACAAUUUUAUACUAUCUCUUUAGACUAUCUUCAUGAUCCAUCUAAACCAUUAAAAAGUUCAACAGUCAAAAGUAUAUUGAUGGUUGUCUUUAGAGAAGAUAAGACAUAUGAAGAAGAAAUUAAAACAUGGCAAUUUUGGCAUGGACGUCAACAUUCCUCAAAACAAAGAAUAAUGGAAGUUGAUUCAAAAAAUUCAUCUGGUAUCAUUGGACAGAUAGAGGAAGUUGCUCAUAAUGCUGUUCAAUUUUAUUGGAAUCCAUCAGAGACAUCCGUAAAAAUAAGUAUUGCUGUACAAUGCCUUUCAACUGACUUUUCUAAUCAAAAAGGAGUCAAAGGAUUACCUUUACAUAUACAAGUUGAUACAUAUGAUGAAGGUGAUGAUGGUAAAAUACCUUUUCAUAGGGGAUUUUGUCAAAUUAAAGUUUUUUGUGAUAAGGGAGCUGAAAGAAAACUUCGUGAUGAAGAUAAAAGAGCGCAAAAGCGCAAAAUUACAGCUAAUAGAAAAAUGUUACAUGAAACUAGAAGAGAUGAAAAACGGAGAAUGCAAGGAAGAAAAAAAUCUGACGGUGAAUAUCAUGAACCAUGUGAUCGAAGUGAAUUUUAUCAUAUGAGUGAUUUAGAAAAACCUGCAGCACUUUUUGUGGCGUCAGAUGAUUUUGAUGCCUCAUACUUGGAUACUAGCUCUCUUAAUUAUGAUGGCCUCUCAGACAUGGAACCAAUGGCAAAAAGGCCGCGGACAGCUGAACGAGUUAUGAUAUAUGUUCGGAAACGUGAUGAAGCAAUAUAUACACCCUUACAUAUUGUCCCACCAUCAUUAGUUGGUUUAGUUAGAGCAAUAGGUGAAAAAUUCGGUGUUGAUGGAGAUAAAGUGACUGCUCUUUAUAAACAAUGCCUCAAAGGUGUUACUGUUAAAAUGGAUGAUGAUAUGUUAAAACAUUAUUGUAAUGAAGACACUUUUGUUAUUGAUAUUGAAAAUACCCAAGAAGAUCAUAAUUAUUAUGCUGUAACGUUAACAGAAAUUCAAACAAAUAAUCAGUUUGUUAAUCAAUCGUAG